AUGCUUGGCAAACAAAUCGUCAACGCUGUGAUUGAAUAUGGUUUACCAUUUCUACGUAGUAGAAAUCUAUGCAAAAAUACCGAUGAAAACAAGAAACAAUGGGAAAUAGACAAUCAAUUAGAUGAAUUUGACUGGCAAAUGCUUUUACCGGAAUAUCUUGAAAUGACUAUUCAAUUUGGUUUUGCCACAUUAUUUGUUGCUGCAUUUCCAUUAGCACCAUUGUUUGCAUUAUUAAAUAAUAUAUUAGAACUUCGGUUUGAUGCAUGGAAAAUUUUAACACGAUACCGUCGUCCUGUCCUACACAAAGCAGCAAACAUUGGUAUUUGGACUGAUAUUCUUUCCGGCAUCUCUUAUUUGGCUGUUUUGACUAAUGCAGCGGUCAUUGCAUGGACAUCCGAAUUUAUACCGAAAUUGGCUUACCAGAUAAUAGAAGGAAAAGGAACAAGUCUUGAUGGUUAUGUUAAUUGGACACUUUCUUCGUUUCCGAUCAGUGAUUACAAUAAAACAGGGACCAUGAAUCAGCAUAUUCCAUCAAAUUUGACUUAUUGUCGUUAUCGUGAUUUUCGAGAAUCAACCGGUCCGAAUUAUGAUUACACAUCACUUUAUUGGCAUAUUAUUGCUGCUCGUCUAGCUUUUAUGAUCAUUUUUGAAAAUGUUAUCUAUCUAAUUGUUUAUUUGGUUCAAUUGAUAAUUCCUGAUGUAUCCAGUCAAGUACAAGAAGGUAUCGAUCGACAACGAUAUAGUGACCCGUCUCAUCAAGACUCUCCUCUUGAGACUCCAUCUGCAGUCGAAAAAGCGAUUCAAAAUUUGAAAACAAAAAGAGAAACGACAGAAAAGUAA